AUGGAUCCGAGAUUCAUGGACAAUGCUUUUCAUCUGAGAAAUCAAACUCUAGCUAGUUUGUCCCAGGAUAGCAAUCUAAAUCUAAAUGGACCAGGAUUUGAGAUUCUUCAUCACCACCAUCAUCAUCAUCACAAUCUUGACCAGAUACCUGUGAAUCCACCCGAACCCGUCCAAGGAGGUCCAUUUCAAUCAUGUCCAACUAAUUUGUCAUCGACAACUACAUCAAAUAGCUUAACAUCCACUUGUAGCUUGGCCAUUGAGGAUGAUUUGAAUGAAGAUGUUGAUUUCUCCGAUGCUGUCUUGAGUUAUAUAGCUCAGAUGCUUAUGGAGGAAGAUAUGGAAGAUAAGACAUAUAUGUUGCAAGAAUCUUUGGAUCUUCAAGCAAAAGAAAAGUCUUUCUAUGAUGCCCUGGGGAAGAAGUAUCCGCCUUCUCCCGAGCCGAACCACCCGACUUCUGCCCUUGAUCAAUGCAAGCUAACCAACUCAAGUAGCAGCAACAUUGGUGGAAGUUACAUUAGUGAUCCCGACCUUCCAGAAUUUAGUCCGAAUCCUCCUCCCGUUGGAUGCUCCCUGGCUCAUACCGCGUCCAACUCAUCGGUCGGUUCUUCAAGUGAUGUAAACAAUCUUAUCAGCGCUUUCUUUGAUCCUCCUUCUGAGACCGAAUCUAUUUGGAAUUUCAUCAAGGGUGUUGAAGAAGCUAAGAAGUUUCUUCCUGAGGGUAAUCAGUUGCUAAAUGUUAAUGUUGAUGCCUUGUUGCCUCCAGAGCCAACAGAAGACAUUGAUUUGAGAGAGAAAGGGAAUUCCUCUACGACAACAACAGGGCUAAGGGGUAGGAAGAAUCCUCCUGGUGAGGACACUCUUGAUUUAGAGGAGAGGAAUAGCAAGCUGGCAGCACUUUACUUCGAAUCAACCAUUCGAUCAGAGGAGUUUGAUGUUGUGUUGCUUCAUAGCAAGGGAAAGGGUCAGACUGUAUUGGCUGCACUUCGUGAAGAACUGAAGACUGCCAAGAGCAAACCUGUGCAUCAAAAUGGACAAGUGAGAGAAACCCCUGUGAGGAAGGUUCGCGGGAAAAAACAGCGUGCGAAAAAGAAAGAAGUUAUAGAUUUAAGAACACUCUUGAUUCAUUGUGCACAGGCAGUUGCUGCGGAUGAUAAUAAGAAUGCAAGAGAACUGCUAAAACAGAUCAGAGAGCAUUCUUUUCCUUAUGGUGAUGGGAAUCAAAGGUUAGCCCACUGUUUUGCUGAUGGUCUGGAAGCACGAAUAGCUGGCACUGGUAGCCAAAUAUAUAAAGCCCUUGUGAACAAAAGGACAUCUGCAUCUGACUUCCUGAAGGCUUAUCAUUUAUAUAUGGCUUCAAGUCCAUUUAGGAAGAUUUCAACUUUUGUCUCAAACGUAACAAUUAGAGUUAAAUCUAUGAAUGCAAUGAGACUUCAUAUCAUUGAUUUUGGUAUCCUCUAUGGUUUCCAGUGGCCCACCUUUAUGCAACGAAUUGCCGACAGAGUGGGUGGACCACCUUUUCUUCGAAUCACAGGCAUUGAGUUUCCUCAACCUGGAUUUCGUCCUGCAGAACAAGUUGAGGAAACAGGGCACCGGUUGUCAGAAUAUGCUAAGAUGUUCAAUGUGCCCUUUGAAUACAAUGCAAUAGCUAAGAAAUGGGAAACCAUCAAACUUGAGGAUCUUAAGAUAAAAGAGGGCGAGUUUGUUGUUGUCAACUGCCUAUAUCGAUCUAAGAACUUACUGGAUGAGACUUUGGCAGUGCAGAGUUCCAGAACCACCGUUCUCAACCUGAUAAGGAACAUCAAUCCGGAUAUCUUCAUCCAUGGGAUUGUCAAUGGGGCUUACAGUGCUCCCUUUUUCGUUACUCGCUUCCGAGAGGCUCUGUUCCACUUCUCAGCGCUUUUUGAUAUGCUUGAAUCCGUUGUACCUAGGGAGAUACCCGAAAGAACAUUGAUUGAGAAAGAAAUUUUUGGACGGGAAGCUCUAAAUGUAAUAGCUUGUGAAGGAUGGGAGAGAGUUGAGAGGCCAGAGACAUACAAGCAAUGGCAACUCCGUGAUCUGAGAGCAGGCUUCAGGCAAAUUCCCUUUGAGCGUGACAUUAUGAAAAGGGCAAGGGAAAAGGUGACAACAAGUUACCACAAAGAUUUCGUUAUUGAUGAGGAUAGUCAGUGGUUGUUACUGGGAUGGAAAGGUAGAAUAAUUUAUGCACUGUCUUGUUGGACGCCUGUUUAG